AUGGUGUCACAUGAUGUCAAACUUGUAUUUGCUCAAACACGGAAGCGCAUCGCCAAGAUGCUACAGAAAUAUGACGGGGACCUCAAUUUUGCAACCAAUGCUUGGACAUCACCGAACCACAAAGCAUUUGUCGCUGUGUCAGUGCAUCUUGAACGUGAGGGUGAGCCACUCGUGAUGGUCUUGAAUGUUGUUGAAGUGGCCCAGUCGCACUCUGGGCUGAAUUUGGCAUCGACAUUUGCGAAGAUCUUGGAUGAUUUCGGAAUAUUGGACAAGAUCCUCAGCCUGACCGCAGACAACGCAUCCUCCAAUGACACGAUGACAGAGGGAUUAAUUAACUUGCUCCUGGAUUUUGCCCUGUUGCGACAGUUUGGCAUACCUAAGAAAAGUGAAGGGGAUGGCCUCGAUGAUUCAGAACAGGACUUAGUUGUAAUGGGGGGGCAAGACCUUAUCACACCGAACCUCAGAUACAGUGCACCAAGCUCUAUUCUGGAGCGUUGUGCGUGUAUCAAGGUCGUGCGGCACGUUACAUUAGUAGAUCUGGCAAAGGAUCUUGAUUUCGAGGAUCUUGUUACCCGUGCAGAAAAGGGUGCUGAGGAUACAGGAGAUGAGGCCACAGUCGACGAAAGUGAGGAUGAAGAGCUUCUCGAGGGCCUAUUUGACUUUACAGAUGACAAACACGUGAGUCUGGCAGAGAACGUUAGGCCCGUGAAUUUAGUGCUUGUAAAGCUGCGCAAACUUGCAUUCAAGAUCGUGCAUUCGAUGACAAUUAUCCUCCCAGCUUGGUAUGCGACUCUGAAUGAUCUGAAGUUAGCGGAACGCAUCAUGCUGCACUACCGAAAAGCAAUUGACACGAUCAGUGCUGAUCGCGAGUUAGGCUUGCAACAGUUUGAGUCGUCCGAGGAGGAGUGGGCAAUCGCCAGCCAGCUCCGUGAUGUUCUGAAGAUUUUGAAGGAUGCAAUGCUGUUCUUCUCUCAUUUUACUCCGAAUCUGGUGACUGUUAUCCCCGCGACGGACCACAUCAAUAAACGACUGACAACGGAAUCCCUGGACAAGACUCUCAACAUUGCUAUACACACUUUGCUGGGUCUUGCGAAGAAGACACUGAACAAGUACUACACACUUACGGACUCUUCAGAAGUCUACCGCAUUGCUAUGGUGCUUCAUCCUCGACACAAACUUUCAUACUUCAAGCAGGCCAAGUGGGAGCAGAGCUGGAUCAACACCACUGAGGAGCUGGUGCGUGAAGAAUUCAGAUGCUCCUACUCUAUGUCUGGUGACAAGGAGAGUGGUGGUGGUAUGCAGAGUCCUGAGCAAUUGGCGAACAUCAAGAACAAGAACCACAAUAUAUUUGAUCACAUCCCCGCACUUGUCGCACCUAAACAUUCCGAGCUGCAGAAUGAACUCGAUGCGUACCUGAGCACUGAUCCCGAGUAUGUCGAGAAUUUCCUCACUUGGUGGCACCGUGUGUGUGUGACCUAUCCGCGGCUGUCGCGGAUGGCCCUGGAUUACUUGACUAUUCCAGCAACCUCUGUCAAUGUCGAGCGGAUCCUUCGCUGUGGCCGGCUCCUCCUCUCUCAUGUCCGUAGUCGGCUAUCAGCACAGACUAUUCGUGCACUGCUGUGCCUCGGGUCUUGGAGUCUGCUCGGUAUGGUGGAGGAUGCUGAUGUUAAGGCAGUCACAGUGAUGGCUGAUAUGCCGGGUGAUGAAGAGGAAAUGGAAGAUGGGUGGGAUUCUAUUCAGUAG